AUGUCCGUCGCCAGUGUCGCGGACGCCCAGACCAAGAAGAUGAGUCCGCUGGAGCGCUUCGGGAACGCUGAGACUAUCUGGGACGCCCUAGUACACGUCGUCCAGCAGGAGGUGGACCUGACCUGCGGCGACGCGACACACUACGACAAGAUCAUCCACGUGUGCUACGAAGUGUUCAGGAAGAUCAAGGGCCAGCACGCGGCGUACGCGGUGGACAUCAUCAGCUUGUGGCUCCCUCGGUCCGGCAAGGGGUGGGGCGCAUCUCGCCUGCUGCCAGAUGGAGUGCCGAUCGUCGUUCAGAGAUGCACCCAGGCCGUGCUCGACGGAUACUUCACCCCCAUGGAGGACGCGAAAGUCACUGCCAGCAUAUGGAAGGAGAAGCAGGCGCGCGAGAAGAAGCUCGCCAAGGCCGAGGACAAGAUGAGCCAGAAGCGCAACAAAGACAAGACCUCGGUGAUCAAGCAGGCGACAAAAAAGGGCAACAAGAUGACGAGCGCCAUCGGCAGGAAGAUCGUGAGCAAGAUGGUGGCAAAGGGGAGGGUGCAGGCCAAAAAGAUCAGGGAGACAGCCUCCAAGAUCGAGGAGGGGACGUUGGGCGGGUGCGUGACAACCUUCUUGGACCACUUGACGGCGACCGAGGAGUACUUGAGCAAGGUCGCUGGCGAAAAUCAGGACCUCGGGGAGAGCGUGAAUUUGAUUGUGUCGCUUCGCUUCUCUGCUCUGUACUGUGUCAUCUGCGACGAGAAGGGCGUCCGCCUCACGCUGGACCACGAUGAGACGAAACAGGUGAAAGGGUGGUGCCUCCUUCGGACAAUCUUCAAGAAAGAGAUUUACCGUCGCGCAAAGCUCCAGGCUCGACCUUCCGACGUUGAUUUCGACAUGCUGAAGGAGGAGGCGGGCAAUGAUCACGAGCUGGCGCGGGUGCUGCGCGUUGACGACGGCUUGUGGUCGGGGCCGACCGAGCAAGAGCUGAUGGAGAAGGUGGGCGAAUGCGCUGGCCCCAUGGCUGAGCUUAUUUCCCACGUUGAGGAGCACAAGGCGCCUCUGAUGGCGCAGACGCGGGCCGCGGGGGCGGCUGGGGUGGCCUUCAUGGCGGUCUUGGGCGAGCUGAGCAGGAACGGCGGCUCCUUCGGUUCGCAGCUCGAGGCGAUUCGCACGCUCGCGACCGAGGCCGCGCUGGCCGUUUGCCCGCUGGACUGGGACGCCGCGGGGAGGUGCCGCGACGUGAUUUUGACCAAGUCGACUGGCCCGAGCAUCUUCGCGGACAACGAAAUGGUGACCAAGAUGCUCGACAAGAAGAUGGGGCUCAAGUUCGUGAGGCGCAUGCGCACCCAGCUCGCGACGUACAUCAUCUCAAGUUUGGGGUCCCAUCAAUUUCCUUGCCGCAUGGGCCCGUCCAUGGAGAGCAAGCCCUAUGUCUCGGAGUCGUUGAGCCCUGUCUUGAAGGCCCUGGAAGAGGCCAGCAACCCUGCGCUCGAGGAUGACAACCAGCUGACGCCAGGCAACCUCCUGCAUGCCUUGAUGGAGUCCAAGGGCAUCUCUUGGCUUGAGGCGCUGAUGAUGGUGAUCACUGUCACGUUCGAGGUCGUCGACGAGAUCGCGGUUGCAGACCCUCACGCGUACCAGACCAGACGGGGCAGCUUGCAGAAGAUUCUCACUUGCGGAUCUGCAGUGGACAUCAAAAAAUAUUUCAAGGCGAACCAGGCUUCCAUACAAUCGGUCUCGGCAGACAUGGUCCCUGCAAAUCUUGCUGUGUUCCCAGAUGAGCGGGUCAAGUUGACGGCGAAUGCGCUGGCGAACUUCGACAAGGAGCACGCUCGGUCGGUGAACGCGAAGGUGAUGGCUGCCGACGUCGUUGCCGCCGUGUUCGGGAAGCUCAAGACAAUCGCAGCGCCGCCGCCGCUGCCGCCUCAGACGCAGCAGGCCCAGGUCCUGGCGACGUUCACCAGCGACGGCAACUGGGCGUCGUCCAAGUCGCUGUCAUUGUCCUGGUUGCAGGGGCUGGCUCCCAGGGGUGCAGGCAGUGCGGUUCAGGGGCGCUCGCGGGAAUGCGUGGAGAUGUGCGAGGAUUCGGACUGCGUGACUGGUUUCAUCACGAAGUACGCUGCCAGCAAGGUUCAGGAUUACCUGAUGGGGCUGGCGAGGGCCCAGCUGCUUUCCACCUUGGACAGCAGGCCCACCACGGAGGGCGAGCCGAAGGAGAACUCGUGCCUGAGGGUUGCGCCAGAUGGCAUGCUUCCGAGCCCCAGCGAGGACCGCAGCUGCGACCCUGCUGGCGGGUUUUGGCUCAACUGUUUCAUCGGUGGGCUGGGGCAGCCAAUGGUUGCGGCAGAGGACGUCCCCGUCCCUGUCGACUCCGACUCCGACUGCCCUAUCGAGACUGCCUCCAAUCCUGAUCCCAAUUGUCCUUAUCCUGAGUAUUUGCUCGCGCUCAUCGAGCUGCCCCUGACGGUGCGCAUCCCCAUUGUGUGGCACUUCCCGCCUUUCGCGAGCAGACACGGCCAUGUGCCAGAGGACGGCGCCGCCCCCGAGGUCAAGCGCCACUGCAUCAUCCGGCGCGAGGUGGGGCCCACCAGGCUGUGCAUGUGGGGCAAAGUGGUCGACGCGAACACAGCGCAAUAUCUGAAUAAAGGCACGUGCAUCAGCCUGAACCCGCGCAAGCUUGCACCAGGCCAGCCAGCGCUGUACCUCGACGGCAGCGGCUGGAUGAACGCGAACAAAAGUGAAUGCUGCCCUGCCUGGCUGAUCCCAGUGCUCCCGAAGUCAGCGGAGAAGAAGGUCGAGCCGCCCAAGCCGACCCACAUGAUACAGUUCGAGCGCGUGAAGCUGCUCAGCGACAGCUACCUCAAGGUGGCGUGCGAGCUGCCGCUGGGCCACGUGGCCGGCGCCUCGGUCGCGGAGCUCAAGGGCCGCGUGGCGGCGGCGAGCGGCGUGCCCGCGCGGUUACAGCGGUUGGUGGCCGACGGGCGCGUGCUCGCCGACGGCGAGGCGGCCGUGGGCCAGUUCCUGGCGCAGCAGGAGGUGGCCCUGUUCCGCGUGGUCCCCGAUGUCGACCCCAUGGAGGCGGACGCUGGCUUCCUGGCGGACGUCGAGCGCGGGCUGGUGCGGCUCGCCGACUUGCCGGGGCCCUUCCGGGACUCACGGCCGGUGGUGCGGCGCGCCGUGGUUCCCGCAGGACGCGGAAGCCCUCCGCUUGGCCUCCCCGCGGCUGCGCGGCGACAGGGAGGUCGUCCUGCUCGCCAUCCGCGCCUGCCCGCCGUUCCGCGGGGCGCUGCUCGACUGCGCCGCGGAGCGGGUGCGCGGAGAUCGGGAGGUGGCCUUCAUCCAGGUUCGGGGGGGAGCUGGAGUUUGCCAGCCCGCAGCUGCGCGGCGACGCCGAGGUGGUGCUGGCCGCGGUGCGGCAGCACGGCUCCGCCCUGCGCUUUGCGGCGGAGGCGCUGAAGCGCGAGACCGAGAUCGUCCUGACCGCCGUGGGCGCCGUCAGCGAAGCUUACGACACCCAGAACUUGAAGAACAACAACCGAACGGCUUUCGAGGCAUCAAGAUGAACGGCCAGGUGCUGAAGAGGGCCCCGGCGUGCCUCCGGGCGGACCGCCAGGUGGUGCUGACCGCAGUGCAGUGGGACGGCCUCGGGCUGGAGUACGCCUCCGACGAGCUGAAGGGCGACCGUGCUCUGGUCCUGGCCGCCGUCCGGCAGAACGGCGGCGCGGCGGCCCACGCCUCCGCCGCGCUUAGGACUAUGAUGUUCCAACCUACUUCAGCCUUGAUCACCAGAAAUCAUCUCGAGCACCAAGAGCCCUGGGAGGCGAUCGUCGUUCGACACUGUCUCGACACUCUUUUUCUGGGUGCUCGAGAUUCUUGGGAUGUGGCCCUUGAGUACGAUGGGAGCAACAUAACCGCUUACAGUCGGGGCCCUGAAGAAGGAACCCUUUUCGUUGGGGAGGGGCUCCGCGUUCCUCUAUCGUUUCACAGCUUGCCUCAGGUGUUCCUUAUGUGUUCGAUCGGGCAUCGAAGUUUAACUUGUGGAAAAAAGGGGCCUCGUUCCUUAUUUUGGGUUCCUUAGGUCAACGCCCCUACUGUAGGAACGAGCGCCGCUUCCAGCUCGCGGCCGUGGGCUACAACUGGCGCUCCCUGGCGCACCUCUCGAGGGACAGACAGUGACGCAAGCGGCAGCCUUCGGAGGUCCGCGCGGAGUUCUUGGACCGACGCUGGAGCCCUCCUCCUCCUCCUCCUCUUCCUCCUCCUCCUCCUCUUCCUCCUCCUCCUCCUCCUCCUCCUCUUCCUC